UAUAUGUCCCCAAAGAAGAAACUGACUCCAGUGCAAAAAUGUGUCAGUCCAUUAGUUUGGUGCAGGCAGGUAUUGGAUUACCCAAGUCCUGACAUUGAAUGUGCUAAAAAGUCGCUGAUCCACAGGCUGGAACAGACAAUGUCAGCUCUCAAGAGACAGAGUUUAUACAGCAGCCCUUUCAAUGCGGUCAGUUACACGAGCUCCUACAGUCCAAAUACUAGUAGUCCCUACAGCAGUGGUUUCAACUCUCCCUCGUCAACACCAGUAAAAGCUGCUUUAGUGAAACAGCUCAUACCUCCUGGUACCUCAGGUCACCUUAAAAGUUCAGCAGAUAGAAAUCCUCCACUAAGUCCACAGUCCUCUCUGGACAGCGAAUUAAGUGCAUCAGAGAUGGAUGAAGACUCUAUUGGGUCUAACUACAAGCUGAAUGAUGUUACAGAUGUGCAGAUUUUAGCACGAAUGCAGGAAGAAAGCCUCCGACAAGAGUACGCAGCAACUGCUUCUCGGCGAAGUUCUGGUUCUUCUUGCCAUUCCACAAGGCGAGGCACAUUCAGUGAUCAGGAGCUCGACGCACAGAGUUUAGAAGAUGAAGAAGAUGGCACACAUCACACAGUGCACCCUGCUGUCAACAGGUUCUCGCCAUCACCUCGCAGUUCUCCCUGGCCUUCACCAAAACAAUCUCCAAGAAAUUCACCUCGCUCCCGGUCACCUGCUCGAAGCAUCGAGUACAGCCGAGUGUCGCCCCAGCCUAUGAUUAGCCGUUUACAGCAACCUCGUCUCUCUCUUCAAGGCCAUCCUACAGAUUUGCAAACUAGCAAUGUCAAAAGUGAAGAAAAACUAAGGCGUAGUCUUCCAAACCUGUCCAGGACAUCUAACAUCCAAGCUGAGUCUGUGAAAAACAGCAGAAGUGACUCAAACUUCCAAGUGCCAAAUGGAGGAAUACCUCGUAUUCAACCUCAAGCCUCAGCCAUACCUUCUUCAAGUAAAUUCCGCUCACCUGCAGCACCGUCUCCCCUAGCUCUCCGACAACCAGUGAAAGCAUUUAGUAACCAUGGACCUGGUUCAGUUGCUUCUCCAGAAGCCACACAGCUGCCACACAGUAGUUCUUCACCAGGGCCUCUUGCAGCCCAGAGUUCAGGCUUGCCAAGCCCUGCCAGCAGUAUUAACAGCACUACUCUUACCAGACCGGCAGGGACAGCAGGGAUGAGGAGUGGUUUGCCCAGACCCAGUGCCCCUUCUACAGGGGGCAUCCCAGUGCCUCGUAGCAAACUUGCACAGCCUGUUCGCAGAUCAUUACCUGCUCCUAAAACCUAUGGCAACGUGAAAGACGAGAGUUGGAAAGAUGGCUGCUACUGAACUGCAAAGCUUAAUGCAAAGUUCCAGUGCUCAUGGAUGCUUCCUCACCAGGCUAAAAGACAGCUUGAUUAUACAAACUGUUCAGAUGUGACUUUUGGGAUUUGUAAAAAUUCCAGACCUCUCUGUCUCUAAUUAGCACAAACUGACAGAGAUUAUAAAGCAGCACUUUAAUGACAUCUAACAUCAGAUGUUUGGUGAUCAUACAAUCACUUCUACAUUAAAUUGCUAUCAGUUCUGGGGUUCUUCUCUUGCUUGCUAAAAAUGUAUCAGUACGAGCAUUUAUGACAGUGGCUGAUGUCUGGGCAGAAACCUAACAAAUGCCAAAGAAAUGCCCAUCUUGAAAAACAGCAAGUAUAACAGUCAACUUAUGUUGUCCAAAACUUCAUUUUCAGCCUGUUUUAAUUCAGCAGAAAGAUUGGUGAAUAUGUACUGUUGAAACAGGACUAUGUCAGUCAAAGUUAAGAUUCUGAUUGGAGACUGCUACAGUGCCAGGGAAAGAUAGCAUUUAACCAUUGUAUGAGGUUCUCAUUGGGGAAAGUGGUACGUGCCUCCUUCAGGAAGAAUCAGAAGUUUAACUCUGGAGGAUUAGGCUGAAC